AAAAUUACUAACUUUAAAGAACUGUACAGAUCCAUAUCUGUCAUUUUCUUUGAGCUUCUGUGAGUAAGCAUACACAUUACUCAUGCACAGAUAAGAAGCCAAAACAAUCAGUGCAGACUGCAAAAAAAUUCUUCUCUUGCUUUUUCAGAGAUCAAUUUCAAACUGCAGUCUCAGAAAAAGAAGAUGAACUUUGGUUGCAUUCAACCCUGUCAUGUAUCAGAACAAACCCUAUUGAAAUGCAUAGGUACAUAAAAACUCCCAGGUACUAAAAAUGUGCAAGCCAUUUGAAAAGUCCUUCACGACAUGUUUUGCUCCUAAUCCUUACUAAUUAGUUAGUUAUACAACUAUUAUAGUAAUAAUAGUUACACAUAUUAUUUCCCUAUAUUAACACCAAACAGAAGAUGGGCGUGAACUACCUUACCUUCUUGUAUUGUCUCAAACAUGAAAAAGUCACAGUCACAGGGCUGGUUAUUACUGCUUUUAAUUCUGACCCACCAUUUGCUGUACAUUUAUUUUUCUUCUGCGGCAAGAACUUCUGCUACACUUUCUCGUCCGUUACUGGAAAAUGGACACCUAUUCCUAAAACCACUAUAUAUCCUUUUGCCACCAAAAUUUCCAGGUCCAUGGUAACAGAACUACAUCUACAAAAACAUAGACACAAGAAAAGUUGUAAAACGCAGGCUAACAUAAGACAUCUACUAAAAAAGCACAAGUCUUCAGCAGUUGAACAUCGCUAUGGCUGCUCACAUGCAUGUCUUCCUGUGUAGCAUUACUUUCCUGAUGCAAAAGGUGGGGGAAACAGCUAGCACCGUUUAUUUAAAUAAGAGCGGGCAGGAAAAUGCCCAUAAGGCUGAGGCUUGUAAAAAGAAACUGUGGACUUCUUUGUAUGCGCUUGUUUGCACCCAGGGAACAUGUAAACUCAUUUUAAAAGCUGUUAAUGAAAGAUUGUUCAACUAGCCUCCUUUGAAAUCCCAGUAUAACAGUCCUUGAACAUGAGACAAGAAAGUGCAGCUUUAGCAUAAUUAAUGAAAAAUAAAGGCUAAAAUUGUUGCACGCUGUACAAGCUUCCACUCUGAAAGUCAAAUCCUCCAAACUUGAGAGGCUGGCAAAGCUACAUUUUGCAGCUGUACCUACCGUCUGCCCCUUCCCAUCCAUUAACACAGCACAAGCUCUUUGCUAACUAUCAGGAUUGCCUAAAAGGAAAAUAAUAAUAAUGAUUUAAAAGAAAAAUCCCUUUUAAGGAAGCAUUUCAUGAAAGAGAAGUCCUGCUGUUCUGCACGCCCAUUCCAUUCCCUUGAAGGAACAGCACAGCAGUUUCAUGCAUUGUCCUUAUCCUUUCCCUGCUCUUAACUUCUGCACCAGUUGUUGGCCAAAAAUAAACACCAUUCCACAACCAUAUAUGUGCAACAGCCUUCUAGUGAUUCUGAGCCCCUCUCCAGCACUGCCGUUAUUCCACAAGGCCAGGAGACUGUCUGCUUCCUAAUACUCUGUGAAGGGCUAUGCAUAUAACCCAGCUGAAUUGGGAAUGCCUUUUACAUCUAUUUUCUUUUCUGGACAAAAACAGCAGGAAAAAUUUAGCAAAAACAUGUCACAAAUUGCUAGAAGUGUUUCAAGAUCCUAUACUUUGGUCUUUAUUGAAUUUUAAUUCUCCAGCGGAACUAAAGAAGCACAACUUUCUCCUGGGACCUGCCUUAAAAUACUUAUCCAUCUGCUGGCAUUCAGAGAGAGUCAAAGUGUGUAACAUUGAAGACUGGAUGAAAAACAAUUUCCAGAAAGACUUCUGUAACAGGCAUGAAAAUAUUGUCUCUGAUUUUUUGCUAGAAGUUGGCAACAGAUGUCCAAACCUGCUAUCUCUGACCCUCUCUGGAUGUGGCCAUGUUACGGAUGAUUGCCUCUUGCUUCUUCUCAGGAACUGCCCAAGCCUCAAGACACUCAAACUGGAAAACUGCGUGCGGAUCACUGACCAAACACUGGAAGCAGUGACCCUCUAUGGGAGAUCACUGCAAACACUCCAUGUGGAUUUCUGCCGGAACAUAACACAAACUGGUCUAGAGAAAGUCAGGGAAAAGUGUCCUUCAGUAAUGCUGAGAGCAGAGAGAAGUGCUAACAUGAUUCCAGACAGUAAACCAGAAAAAAAGAUCACACUUGAAAAAUCAUCAAGAAAACUGGUUCAGCUUUAAGUGCAACAAACUGUAAAAACUCAGUCAAUGUGGAUAGUUUAUUUCUACUUACCUCUGGGGCAGCAUUGCUUCAAUUAACUGUGGCUACUUUAAUGCAUUCUGGUUUAAGUCCAAACAAGUGUUUGGUAUGUUUUGUAAAGGCUGCAUUGGGAAAAGGUGUGAAUUUUCACCAGGACCGUCUUAAGAAAAAACACCCUUUGUUUUCUGUUUUUCCUCAAACUGGAAAAAUCAUGUGCUUAUGUCAUAUAAUGCAGUACUUAAGUCUAAAAACUUUGGUUCUGUUACCUUCCUGUAACAGGGAAAGGCAUAAAGCUGCAGCAAAUACUGUAUGAUUUACACAAAUUUCAGGGAAAGAGUGAUUAAUCAAUUUCUGUUAAAGGCUUUAUAACACAUAUGACACAUUCUACCAGUGAAGAGUGAUAACUGUGACAUCUAAGGUCCCUUCUAGAAAGCAGAUCAGCAUACCUGAUAACUAUCACUUCCUCAGUGAUUAAUAUUUGUGGCUGAUUUGUCAGGUGUAUUUAUUAACAGAGGGUAUGCAUGCCAAUGUGUGGAAACCAGUUUGACCCUGUGCACAAUA